AUGAGCAGUCAACCCGCGCCUGUCGGUACGAGGCUCUCACCAACUGCCUCUGAGUUUGGUACUGGUCGUCAGUAUGGUCUGCAGCAAGCAAGCGCGACUCCUACCUUUGUGAGCACCACGGAGCCUCUCAACUAUCGCCGCCUUCUCGAUCGCCACAUGAGCUGCAACUGGAAGUACGUCGUUGACAAGAUUGUGUGCAACAAUGAUCAACAAGCGUCCAUCUUCUUGCAGCAAAAGUUGAAACUCGCUACAUCCGAGCAGAAAGUCGAGAUCGUGCAAGCCAUCAUCGAGCAAGCAUACCCACUCAUGGUCAACCGCUUUGGCAACUUUCUCGUUCAGCGCUGCUUCGAGCAUGGAUCUCCCGAGCAGAUCAUCCUCAUCGCCCAGGCCAUCCGUGGCAACACCCUCAACCUCAGCAUGGAUGCAUUCGGUUGCCACGUCGUGCAAAAGGCAUUCGACUGCGUUCCGGAAGAGUACAAGGCUAUAAUGGUGCAUGAACUCCUCCGCCGUAUUCCAGAGACGGUCAUUCACCGCUACGCUUGCCAUGUCUGGCAGAAGUUGUUCGAGCUUCGCUGGAGCGAUUCGCCACCGCAGAUCAUGAAGUUCGUCAACGAAGCUCUCCGUGGUAUGUGGCAUGAAGUCGCUCUGGGCGAGACCGGCAGUCUGGUCGUUCAGAACAUCUUCGAGAACUGCCUGGAAGAGGACAAGCGCCCGUGCGUCAACGAAGUCCUCGCCAGUAUCGACGUCGUGGCCCACGGUCAGUUCGGCAAUUGGUGCAUUCAGCACAUCUGCGAGCAUGGAUCUAUCCCUGACCGCACUCGCGCUGUCGAUCAUGUCAUCCGCUACGCUACCGAGUACAGUCUGGAUCAAUUUGCCUCCAAGGUCGUGGAGAAGUGCCUGAAGAUUGGCGGAAAUGAGUUCCUGGAUCGUUACCUUGACCGUGUGUGCGAGGCUCGCCCAGACCGCCCACGCAUGCCUCUCAUCGAUAUUGCCGGCGAUCAGUUCGGCAACUACCUCAUCCAGUAUAUCCUCGUCUACGGCGAGCCUUCCCGCCGUGAGCUCGUGUCCGCUCACAUUCGCAAGCACAUGGUGUCCCUCCGCGGCUCCAAGUAUGGCUCUCGCGUCGCCAUGGCUUGCUGCAAUCCGGCCGUCGCCACUCGUCCAGGCCCUCCUCUUGGAGCUCCACUCAGCCGCGCCGGCAACGGGUACAUGGGAGGCGAGCGUCAGUAUGGCGGCGAGCGUCUGUACGUUGAGCGUCCCACGGGCCCUCGCGGUGGCUUCGGAGGCGGCUAUCGCUGA